AUGGGUGCAAGUGCGAAUCCAACGGGAAAUCAGGAUGCGGCUCAUGCUUCCUCCUCUCUACCCGGAGCCAGCAGUGCCGCUGCGGUGGGAAACCCUAGCAAUGGGAGUUCCGUAACUCCCGUUCCCGACAAUUCGCCGUCGACCCAGGCGUUGAAGCACAACCCGGGUUUGGCAACGGAGUGGACCCCGGAGGAGCAGUCCAUCUUGGAAGAAGGACUCGCUAAGUAAGCAAUUUGAUUCCCUUCUCAUUGUCCGCUAUUUGAAACUUCACAAUUCCGAAUCCUGCUCUCCGAUAACAAGGUUCAUCUCCACUUAAUAGUUUUUUGGUAGUUUUUGGUGUUCGAUUGAUUCGAUUUUUCUUCUUUGGAUUUCCUUCUCCUAUUCAAUCAUUCAUUUUGCGUCACCGUUCCGUCGAUUUUCUUUUGAGUUGUGUUGAGGGAAGCCAAUAUAACGUCGGGUUUGCUGACUACUUUUUAUUACCUUUUUCCGGUGUUCAGGAGAACUUUGCGUUGGUGAUAACUCUUUUAUGUAGAUCUCAGGCCCGUCGUUUUCACCGCUUUUCAUUUUGUUAUUCCCCUUCCCCAACCACUUUCAUUCUUCGUCUUUUUCUGAAUGGCUUCUUGUUCCCUGCGUCACUUGCCUCUCUGAAAGAUUCUGAUUGGUUUGGCCAAACUACCGUUAAAACCCGUUAGAUACUUUCUAUCCCAGCUAAUAUUUUAACAAUAGAAGUAAAACUUGGAAAUAGCUUACGACAAAUUAUUUAUUAUGCUCAUUAAAAGUAUUUUCAUAGUGUCAAUUACUGUUAAUUGUUUAUGAACUCUUGUAACUUUUUUCGACCGCAGUAUCUGUUUUCCUGUAUUUGGUACCAGCUGCUCCCUCCUCCUGGAGUGGAAAACAGAAAGACUUGAAUGUGUUAUGAAGUAUAUAUAUGUAGGGUUGAAUGUUCUCUCGAUUUUAAUAGUGGCUAAUGGUGUCAUGAUAUUUUCUUUUGUCUGUCUGCUCCUGAUGCUUUAGGAUUAUCCUCUAUCUAAAAUUCCGUUAUUAGGAAAAGAAUAUAUUUCUUCUCUAAUUUCAGACUCUGUAAAUGUAGGUAGAAAACUUGGUUAUUGUAGAAGGAAGUUUUUCUAUAAUUUAAUAAGAAAGCUUUAUAUAAUUUGGAUAAAAAACUUACGUUUCUGUUAAAGUAAAUCAGCAUUCAUUUUGUGAUACGAUUGCUUGUAGAUAUUCAUCUGAGCCGAGCAUGGUUCGUUACGCAAAGAUUGCUAUGCAACUGCAUGAGAAGACAGUCCGGGAUGUGGCUUUGCGGUGCAGAUGGAUGAAUGUAAGUUCGCCAUAAGUAUUCCAUUUACGGUGCUGGUGUCACCUUCUCAGGUGAAAUAGAAGAAGAGGUUUUCUGUCUUUGUUGACUGUGUGUAGGCAUCUUUUUUAUUCAUUGAUUUAUUUCUUGGCUGUAACUACCAUUGCGAAUAUAAAUCAUGUUUUCUUAGGUUGGUUUACAAACUACAAGGAAAUUUUCUUGCACCUGUGUGGCACAUGCACACUUCGGUUCCUUCUCCUUGUUGCAGAGACGCUUUGUCGAUUUUUUUUGUUGGUUCCAAUUUUUUAGGGUCUUUUUUAGCUAUGUAGAUUUACUUUGUUGUCUGGCCUCUUCCCUUUGAAAUGCCUGCUCAAUGAUCCUGUAAGGGUGACGUUUACAACAAGUGGAUAAUUUGUCGGGGAUAAAAAGGUAACCCUGAAGGACCGUAUGGUGAAAACAGGUAACAUAAUGAGGAGUAGACCUAGUGCAGAUGAAGGCUGCGCUUUAUGAUGUACCUGGGCUCAAUGCACACAUCACUCCCCUUUGGAGUUCUAUCAUAUCGAUGAAAACUGGGAGUGAUCUGGAGUGGAAAAUAUAUAUAUAUAUAUAUAUAUAUAUAUUAUGAAAAUUUUUCCUCACCUAUAUCUUCCUCUGUCUAUCAUUUUUUCCAAUAUUUUUCUUGAACUCUUUAUCUGCACAUCCAAUUCCUGACUAAAGCGGAAUAUGCUUGUACUAGUGAAAAUGUUUGAAAUGCAUGAAACACUUAGGUUCUUUCUCAUACGGAAAACCGUCUUAUGAUUCAUUUUCUUGUUUCAGAAAAAAGAAAGUGGCAAGAAAAGGAAAGACGAUCAUAGUCUUUCAAAAAAAAGCAGUAAGAAGGUGAGACCAAUCAUUUUUUUAAUAGGAUUUUUUCAGUUUCUUUAGAAAUCCUAUCCAAAAAGAAAGAAUCGUGUGGUUUGACUUGCAUUAGCAAAUAGUGAUAUUGCUGUUGCUAACUUUUCUGGUUGAAAAGCCAAAAUGCAUAUUCUUCUGUAGUUGUUUUAAAUAAUUUAGCAGUCGUGCUUUCUUUUUCUUUCAGUACUAUAUUUCAUUCCUUUAUUAGUUAAGUUUCUUGAGUUUUUAACAUCGUAUUGCUUGAUUUCUAUGUUGAUGAGACCAGUGCUGUAUAAUUUUCAGGGUGUUUCAGAUCCUUCAGCAAAAGCACCAGUUCAGUUAGCGGCGCGGCCUAGUGUACCUCAAUAUCCGCUGCCUACUCCAUCUAUUGACAAUGAUGACGAAGUUUCAUACAAAUGUAUGCCGUUUAUGUUGCCACUUUCUUUCUUAUUAAACAACAAAGAAGAAAAAAGUGAUUGAUCCAUGAAUUUGCUUCUUUGUGAAGUUUUCCUUUGUUUGAUGCAUUGCAAAUUCUCUCCAUGGACUAUGUUAGUGGCAGAGCUUUAUUUAUCAUACUAAAAAAUCUCCAAGUACAGACUGUUUGUGCAAAAUCACGACCUGGUGAACCAAGAGAUAUUUCAAAGCCUUAAUCUAUUACCUGAAACUCAUAUUUUUGAUGAUUUAUCUGAAAGCACAAUUUGCUGGAAACGGCUAGGCUGUAUGAAAUUGGAACGAAAAGGUGCUUCCAUGUUUAUAGCAUGAUUGUUGUACGCAAUUUAAAAUUUUAGUGCGGUCAUUUCCUUUGUGCUAUCUCUGACUUCCCUAUUUUGGGGUCAGAUUUAUUUUAGUAUUUUCUUUGUUAUUUUUUACGGAAUCGUCGAUGGUAUGAAUAACCUGUGUGUGAGCGAACUUUUGCUUAUGUUUUUGGAGUCCAAAAUGCUUACUCAUUUCCUGAGUGUGUUUACUUCAAUUAAGCUUCUAAUAUGGUCCCGAAUCAGAAAUUGAUAAAUUAAUUGCUAACUCUCUCUACAUAAUUUAGAGAUUACCCAGUCACGACAAGGUUAUUCAGGGUUGUAAGUAAGUUCCUGUUAAUUAUGCAUACAUCAAAGUUGACAUGGUGGGAAACGACAGUUGUUACGUGAACAGAACUUUCUCUAAUGAGCAAAAGGGUCUGCGAGAUGGAACCUGAUGUUCUUAAACAAGCUGCUUCACGGUACAAAAUACAUAUUUUUUGUGCGAAAAAGCCCUCCUAUCACCGUUAGAGUAGUUAUUUCAGUGGAACCAUUAUCAAAUAGGCUUUAGUUUUGAGUUAUGUGGAUGAUUUAACGUGUUGACCUCUGUCUUCUGAGAAGAUUUAUACCAGCCAUGUUUGGUGCCCGCGAAUAUAUAUAUAUAUAUAUAUAUAAAGAAAGAAAGAGAUGUAGACGAGAACAUUCUGCUGGCCUUUCCUUUAUUCUAUCCCCCGUACCUGUAUGACUUUUUCAGAUUGCGUUUGAUUUUAAGCUUCUGUCUUUAAUCAUUGCAGAGGGUAACUUAUUGCAUGGAUUUAUGUGGUGUGAGAUAGUACCAAAUGGUACCAUUUCUUGAAUUGAUUUGGAUCUAACAAACGCUUUGAUUUGGAUCUCGCAAAAGGGUCUGCGAGAUGGAACCUGAUGUUCUUAAAGAAGCUGAUUCACUGUACAAAAUAAAUAUUUUUUGAGCGAGGAAGCCCUCCUAUCACCGUUAGAGUAGUUAUUUCUCGAAUGGGCAUUAAUGAUGCAGGAACCACCGUCUCUUAUUGUUCUAAAUUACUCUUGGGCCUUUAGCAUCUCCAAAACAUUUGGUUGAUUCUUAGUUCAUUCUAUAGACAGCACUGGUUUCCAGAUGCACUGGACGUCUCUAUGACGAUAAAUUGUGAUAAGACACUAUAAAAUUUAUAUCCCUUGUUUUCUCCUGAGUUCGUCUCUGACGAACUAUUUAUUCUAUGAUUUUUGCAGCAAUCGGUGGUGCAACAGGACAGCUUCUUGAGCAGAAUGCUCAGAACUUCAAUCAAAUUUCUGCUAACCUUGCAUCUUAUCAGGUAACCUAAUGUUGUUGCCAUCUUUGUUAUUAUUUUCUUCAUGUAUCCUUCUUUAAGCACCUAGUCGGUGGAAUCGGGCCCUCGUGGGUGCCUGAUUACACUCGUCAUGAUGUGAAACAGUCCUUGUAAGUUUAGAGACCAAUAAUACGUUGCGCAUGAAUGUAACAUAUUUUACUGUGCUGCAGAUAAAGGAAAAUAUUAAUCUCUUCUGCCAGAUAUGGGACAAUAUUCUUACCCUCCUGAACGAGUAUGUACUUGAUUUCAUGUUACUUUUUUUUUUUCAUUAUUUUUUCUUAUAAUUGAAUGGGCGUGAUUCUUAUACUCGGGUACCAUGUGAUUCUUGAUUUCAUUAUUUUUUCAUUAUUAACCAGUUAGAGGUGGUCAGUGCGCAUUAAAUAUAUACAAUAAUUCCUUCUUUUUUUUUUCUCAAUCUCGGAAAUUUGACGAUUUCAGCUGUAUGAGCAGCCCUGGACUACAUUGACGUAUGAUAAGAGCGUGUGGCUGGGCUGAUCUCUCGUAGCUUAUUAUUUCCAAGGAUUUUUCUUCUUUACGAGGCUACUCUCGUACAUAUUUCAUGCUAUAAAAUGUCGCUCUGUGAAACGUAUAUAGCCCAUAUUUUGCUGCAUAUUUUUGUAUGCGUUUGAGGUGACGGAGUCUCCUCCUUGUUGCAGAACAAAUGAGAUCCCUGGUGAGAUGAAGCAAAUGCCGCCGCUUCCUGUGAAGGUGAACGACGAGCUUGCUAACUCUGUCUUGCCGCACCGGACCUCAACUUCCAUGCAAUCAUGA